UCUGCGAGCGAUAGGUUAUUGGAGUUGAACAUUAUUUAACAGAGAGAGAGAGAGAAGGACGCGGCACAGUAACGGGGAAGGACUUAUUUUAUUUCCCCUCAUCCUCCCCUUUAGUAUUUUAGGAAGCCUGACAGCAUUUGGAAUGACGUCUCGCAGGUGGUUCCACCCCAACAUCACCGGGAUCGAGGCGGAGCAGCUGCUCCUCACGCGGGGCGUCCACGGAAACUUUCUGGCCCGGCCGAGCAAGAGCAACCCGGGGGACUUCACUCUCUCAGUCAGGAGGAACGAUGAGGUCACCCACAUCAAGAUCCAGAACACGGGGGACUACUACGACCUGUACGGCGGGGAGAAGUUCGCCACGCUGGCGGAGCUGGUGCAGUACUACACCGAGCAGCACGACCUCCUGCGGGAGAAGAACGGCGACAUCAUCGAGCUCAAGUACCCCCUCAACUGCAAGGACCCCACCUCUGAGAGGUGGUACCACGGUCACCUUUCUGGGCGGGACGCGGAGAAGCUGCUGAUGGACAAGGGGAAGUCCGGCAGCUUCCUGGUGCGGGAGAGCCAGAGCAAGCCGGGAGACUUUGUCCUGUCUGUCCUCACCAACGAGGAGAAGCAGGAGAACGUGGAGCGCAGGACCAAGGUCACCCACGUCAUGAUCCGCUAUCAGCAGGACGGAAAAUACGACGUGGGCGGGGGGGAGAGGUUCGACACCCUGGCAGACCUGGUGGAGCACUACAAGAAGAACCCCAUGGUGGAGAAGAGCGGGAUAGUCGUGCACCUCAAACAGCCCUUCAAUGCCACCAGGAUAAAUGCGGCGAACAUCGAGAACAGGGUGCGGGAGCUGAACAAGGUGGCCGACAACUCGGAGAAACCAAAGCAAGGAUUCUGGGAGGAGUUUGAGAUGCUUCAGCAGCAGGAGUGUAAGCUGCUCUACCCCAGGAAGGAGGGCCAGAAGGCGGAAAACAAGAGCAAGAACAGAUACAAGAACAUCCUGCCGUUCGACACCACGCGCGUGGAGCUCAGGGGGGUGGACCUGGACGUGCCCGGCUCCGACUACAUCAACGCCAACUACAUCAGGAGCAAGCAGGAGGAGGGCCACCUCGCGGACGAGUGCAAGGUCUUCAUCGCCACCCAGGGCUGCCUGCAGAACACCGUCAACGACUUCUGGAAGAUGGUGUACCAGGAGAACACGCAUGUCAUCGUCAUGACGACCAAGGAGAUGGAGAGGGGGCGGAACAAGUGUGUGCGCUACUGGCCGGAUGUGGACGGCACGAAGGAGUUUGGCGUGCUGACUGUGAGGAACUUGGCGGAGAGGCCGGCUCAGGACUACAUUCAGAGAGAGCUGGAGAUCACGUGCCUGGACAGGGAUGAGCCGCCCCGGGCCAUCUGGCACUACCAGUACCUGAGCUGGCCGGACCACGGGGUCCCGAACGAGCCCGGGGGGGUCCUGAGCUUCCUGGAGCAGGUGAACCGAGCGCAGGACUCCAUCCCGGACACCGGCCCCAUAGUGGUGCACUGCAGUGCAGGCAUCGGGAGGACUGGCACCAUCAUUGUCAUUGACAUCCUCAUUGACAUCAUUAGCAGGCAAGGGCUGGACUGUGACAUCGACAUCCCCAAGACCAUCCAGAUGGUGCGCCGGCAGCGCUCGGGGAUGGUGCAGACGGAGGCCCAGUACAAGUUCAUCUACAUGGCGGUGCAGCAGUACAUCGACACGGCCCAGAAGAGGCUGGAGGAGGAGCAGAGAAAUAAAACGAAGGAGAGGGAGUACUCCAACAUCAAGUACCCACAGACUAACGCCAAGAUGAAGGCCAACAUGACCAGCUCACGAUCCUGCUCUGCGGUGCACGACGACUCCUCAGCCGUCUACGAGAACCUGAACAUCAAAAACCCAAAGCCUGCUGGGAGCAGUAACACCAGGAGAUGAGUCACGUGGGCGGGGCCACAGCCUCUCGGUGAAGGCAGUUUCGCAGUAUGGAGAUGGCAUCUCGCUGGUUUGGAGGAUCUUCUGGACUUAUGGACUGCCAGACCCCAGUAAAGUGCAGCAAGAGCUGAGGACAGUAGGGUCCCAGCAGCCAAUCACAGAAAGGAAUGAGUCGCCCCAGCAACACAGCAUGGUGACCGCCGCCCCCUCCCUUCACAGGGCACCUCCCUCCUGUCUGUCCAUCUGUCUCCAUCUCACUGGCUUGCGUUCGCAAAUGAAGUGCCUAUACUGCAGAACAAUUUGUUAACCCUGCCCCAAACCGACCCUUCUUGACCCAAAAGCAAAAAUCACAACAACAAAAAAACAUACACACAACAAAAAGCUAAGCAGUGUAAAGAAUAAGCUGUCUGUGUUUUACUGAUCUUUAAAAAUAGCCAAACUACUGGUUUAUUCUUUUUUUUUUGUUGUAUUUCUAUUGAAUGCUCUGUAAGUGGGGAAAAAAUAGCAAAAAAUAUAUAUGAUUAUAUAAGUACAUUAUAAAUAUAUGAAUUAUAUAUGUAUAUUUGAUAUGUGUGCGUGCGAGGGCGCGUGCGCCUGUGUGAGUGUCUGUGUAUGUGCGUGUGUGCAUGUGUGUGUGUGUGUGUUUAUAGUGAUAUAGUGUAUCCUUGGGAAGCAAAGGAUGAAGCAUGGCUCUUUCUGUGUGAGUCGGCUCUGCCUAACUGACACAUCUACUGUAACCAAAGACCUCUGGCUUGAUAACCUCCAAAUCCUGCUUAGAAACGUUUGGAGCAGAAGCACAGCAAUUUGCACUUUUUUUUGCAAAGAAAAAAAAAAGAAAGAAAAUGUAACAGUUGUAACAUGUAGUAAUUAAUAUGCCCAAUAAUCCUUGUGUGCCAGUUGAGUGUUUGUGUGUAUGUGUGUGUGUGUGUGCGUGUGUCUGUGACUGGAUGACUCUGUGUGUCUGUGUGUGUGUGUGUGUGUGUGUGUGUGUGUGUAUUUGUGUGUGUCUGUGUGUGCGCGUGUGUGUGCCUGUGUGUCUGUGUGUGUGUGCGUGUGUCUGUGUCUGUUUGUGCGUAUGCGUGUGUGUCUGUGUGACUGUGUGUGUGUGUCUGUGUGUGUAUGUUUUGCAGUACUGUGGCAGUGCCUAGCUGCAGCUUCUAGGGAAUUCUUUUUAGAGUUGCUUGAUGCCCCAAACACCCCCACCUCUCGCUUUCACUGUCCCACGAUAUGUCCCCAGUACCACCUGCAUGUGCCAGCUCAGUGCCCAAAGUGCAGCACAAACAAAAUGGAACUUGGCUGGGUAGAGAUGGUCAAAUCAAAGUAUGUGAAGUAUGAGUCUUGGAGCAAAUAGACCCAGUUAUAUUUUCUCUGUAGUAUCCUGACAUAGUAGAAUUGAGGUGAGGAAAUUUUCUUUUCUGUUCCAAAUCUGACCGUACACUGCUUCAGCUAUUACAGUGUUACAUAGAGAGCAUACGGUCCCGGAAAGAUAAUAUCUGCCUUACUGCAGGUCUCCGACAUCGCGGAUGAUAGAAGCUGGGUAGUUCAGCCCUAAACAGUCUCUCCUUAGUACUUUUGUUCAGUCAUUUUUAUACCUUCACUGCCCUUGUUUAAAUCCAUUUCUUUUCUCCUCUUAAUUGUCAGUCUGAUUAUUGCAGGGGACUUAUACAAUGUAAGGUUAUAUAACUGUGUGUAUAUUCAUCUGUGUACUCCCUAAGGAGGAAAACCUAGACGUGCCCUCUAAGGCAGAUAUCUAAAGAAAAAGUAAACCGAAAAGGUAAUCCCUUCACGGGUAUGCCCUGUGUGAAUAAUGUAAGAUGACUCUGUAAAACGCCCUUGGUGGUACAUCUGUUGCAUGGUCUCAGUUUCCUGAGAAGCCAAGAGAAGCCUUUAAACCCAUUCAUAUGGACAGAUGGCCCUGGACGGCCCAAAAUCAAGGAGCAGGAUUUUUUUUUAGAUUCUUUUUUUUUUAAUUGAUCAGUUACAAGAAGGCCUUUAAUCCAAGAUUGGUGUGCAAAUAGGCGAGCAAGCACUGCUGAAGGUGUCAGAGAAACGGAGGAGGCCGUGCAAGGUCCUGUGAGGUUUCAGAGAUCCCUGCGUCUCUGUUGGCUCAGGUCAAGUCGGUCGAGUGUCUUGUCACGUUAGAAUGGGUUGUCAUGGCUACACGUGUUGACAGUCUGCCGUCCCAGCUUUUUACAUACAAGUCACAAAGCGUAGGAGACACAUUGCGUACAUUAUGCUUAUAGACAUUAUGUAGCAGCUGAGAGGGGGAAUGGGGGAGAAGGGCCCACUGCCGCAGGGUCAGCUGAGUUGUGUGCAGCCCCAGGUGACUCUGUCUCGGGACACUGAUCAGGUUUCUUACAUAUACAUUCUUAUUUGCGUUGGAGGCCAUUUCAUAAGGUGUUUCAGGUGUGAAUUUGUUUUUCCACUUGAAGGUAACUUAUGAAUGUCAAAGGACUCUGAACUCCCAUAAAAUGACUGCAGUCAUGUGAUUUUUCAGAGUAUCUGUGUUAAUCUGUGCUAUGGGAAAAAAAAAAAAAAAAAAACUUGCCUGGCAGGAAUACUGCUCCUUCGCAGGAAGAUUUUCCUCUCAUUUGAAACAGGCGGUGCUUGGAACUGAAAUGUACCUGAGAGCUGAACAUAUUUAUCCAGGCCACAAAAACGUCCUUCAUUGCAAUCAGUCUUUGAAAUGUAUUGUUCGUCCGUUUCAUAAGGUGGCUGUGUACACUGCACUCGUAUGGUGUACUGGUGGUAGGGUAUAUUUACGAUAAAGGACUGGUUAAGGUUUUUUUUUUGUUUGUUUGUUCUUUGAAAUUUCAGCGUUCAGUACUGUGGACACUAUUGAAUGUGGAAGGAACCUUCUUACAGCCAUAUGACUUUUAAAAGAAUGAUAUACAGUGGUGACUAUUUCAUAUAUUAUAUCUAAGUAACUUGAUUUGUGUUUGCCUGUAAAACUGAAUGUCCCCUUUGCCUAUCCAAAGCCAUUCCAGUGUUAGAUGCAAGCUGGCCUUCCCUUGGGCUCAUGUGAACCGUAAAACUCGAACCAUGGCUAAAGCCUGGCCAGGCCUGUCCUCUGGAGGGUUCAGCUGGUGAAGUAGUGCACCAGUAAACUAGACAGGAUGGAGGGAAUCUGCCCUUAUGCCCCCUCCACCCAAGGCUGCGUGUGUGUGUGCGUGUGUGUGUGUGUGUGUGUGAAUUUGUGUGCGUGUGUAUGUGCAUUUGUGUGUGUGUGUGUGUGUGUGUGCAUGCGUGUGUGCGCUUGUGUGCGUGUGCAUGUAUGUGGGGGUGAGGGGUACAAGACUCACAGGAAUGCUAUUGCCCUGGCCCAUGUCUGGGUUGAGCUGAGCAGGUCAGGUGGUAUUGCUUGUGGUAUUGUUCUGCCCGUGGUUAUUGCUUAUUGCAUUUGUGAAUGUGUGUCAUGACUCACUGAGUGUGUGUAGCCAUUUCAUGGGUACUUGGGAUUUUGAGGGCUAUCGCCUGUUCAUUUUUGCCUGGAUGAGGCAAUUGACGUUGGUCUGGGCUGAUUUUGUAUCUUCCCAAUUUUUUAAUUGAAAUUUUAUAUGAAAUGUGAUUUCUGUGAUUAGCACUGCUUUUUAAGCAAAAAAAAAAAAAUCUCUCCAACAAAAUAUUUUUCAGUUUUUUUUUUCAGAAAGUGUAUGGCAGUGGGAGAUUUUAAAAGAUGAACUUAAACAUUCUUUAUUAAAGAUACAUCUUAAAUUCAAAAUAAGAAUCUUAAAAUGCUAACCAUAAAAUAUUUUAAAGGAAAGUACGUUUCGGGGCUGGAUGGUUUGUGCGAAUCUUAGUUUAAAUGGCCCAUUAUGAGCACUGUGACAGCAUUGAGUAAUGGAAACCUGACCGAGCAGCCAUCUUCCUCCAGGCCUGUGUCAGAGAAUCGCAGUGCUAUGUCAUUUCUGUACUAAUUACUACUUAAUGCUUGAAUGUUAUUAUUCUAUUGAGAUUUUACCUUUGUGUGAAUGGGAAGGUCAGGUUAUUAUAAUGUUGGAAUACAUUAUGACUUCAAUACUUGAAAUUUUGUCUGUGUUGGAACUGUUGAACCAUAGCUGCAAUGCGGUUAUCUAUGGCUACCAGAAUGUUCAUAUCUGCUGUAAAAGAUUCAUUUGAUUGGUCUGCGAGCUAUAUGCCUGUCAGUGUUGUACAUUUAAUUUGUAGUUUCUUCCUCUUUAGGUGUUUGCGCAGCAUUUUAAAUUUAUUCAGUAAAUUAUCAAUUCUGUAUUCUGAAUGAAUGCUUUUGCCACACCUUUUAAAAAAAUAUUUUUGUCAAUUAAUUACGUGUGUGUAGAAACAGUAACCAAACCAAGUGUUUUGAAGACUGUCUUUUUUCAUUUUUUUUCUGUUUCCUGUUGUCUCCUUGAAUUUACUUGAAUAUGAAAUAUGUGAUGAUGUUUUUUUUUAAUGGUUCUCCUCUAUGGGUUGCAAUAUGCCUGUAUUUGCAUUGUGGUGUGCUGACCGAGUCUUCAUCUUGGAUGAAGACGAUUUCCUUCUUGCACUGGCUAAGCCUAAUGCCUUCUGUCUCAGCCAAUACUGCUGAUGCAAUGACUUGUUGAAAAAAUGUUAAAUGAAUCAAUAAAUGAAAACAAAAACGUAUUACACAAAUAA